AUGUUCGCCGACCAUAUUUUCCUGAAACUCGACAACGCACCCUCCGGUACGCCCCACUCUCAGCUCGACAUCGUCGCGGGCAAAGAAGAUGGAUGUUUCGCCACUCGCUCCAAACUAGUCAUCGUCACAAUGCAGUUCUCCAUCGCAUCCCUCUUCGCUGCUGCCGCCGUUCUCUUCGCCGGCCAGGCCGCUGCUAUUGCGUCUGACCCCUACAAGGCCUGCAACUGCCCGAACAACUGCGACUACAACCUUGGCCACGAGUGCAAGUUCAUCAAGUCCGUCGCCAUCAACGACUACACCAUCUCUGGCACUUGCGCCGAGGACGCCUACGGUCGCCUCUACUGCCAGGAGUAA